AUGGAGCAGCAGAUCGGACAAGUCGCAACAGCGGUUCUGCAAUUUCAAGCAGGAGGUGGUAGUCUUGCUCUGGAGCUUGCUGGUGGUGAAACAUCGGAAGAUACAAUUCAGGUCACUGGUCCGUCCUAUGAGUAUCCGAAUUAUUACACUGUGAUUGAAGGAGAUGGCUUUUUUGAGAAAGUUCGAGAAAAAUAUCCCGCUCAGUUCAAUGAGACUCCUGAGUACGUAACUCAGGUGGGAGAAGGACCCUUUCUGGGUCUGAAUUUGAGGAUGGGCGGUGUAAGUGUUGGCGAAUUUUCAGCAGAACUCGAUACAGAGUCAGAGGCUAGAUGA